AAUGUCAGUGCGAUUAGCGUACACAACAAACACUUUUUGUAAACAAUCCGCUGUCCGCUGUUUUCGGAGCAAAGGAAAAGUUAAGUUAAUAGACUAAAAGACAUUUUGCCACAAAGAUGAGCAAUAUUUACAUUCAAGAACCGCCCACGGCAGGAAAGGUUCUCCUCAAAACAUCCGUAGGUGAUAUCGACAUUGAGCUCUGGUCAAAGGAAUGCCCGAUGGCUUGCCGGAACUUUAUUCAGCUGUGCCUGGAAGGCUACUACAAUGGGACAAUAUUCCAUCGAGUCGUGAAAGGCUUCAUCGUGCAGGGUGGUGAUCCGAACGGCGAUGGCACGGGAGGUGAAUCGGUGUAUGGACAUCCGUUCAAGGAUGAAUUCCACUCCCGUUUGCGCUACGUUCGCCGGGGCCUGGUUGGUAUGGCAAACUCCGGUAAAAAUGAUAACGCCUCGCAGUUCUUCUUCACCCUGGGACCGACCCCGGAACUACAAAAUCAGAACACGCUUUUCGGCAAGGUCGCAGGUGAUACGAUAUACAACAUGCUGAAGCUGGAAGAAGGUGAAGUGUAUGAAAACGAACGGCCUCACUUCACUCAUCGCAUCAUUCGAACGGAUGUGCUUAACAAUCCGUUCGAUGAUAUUGUUCCGCGAGGCUUGACCGAUGCAGACGAUAAAUCGAAAGAGCAAGGUGAGAAUUCCAAAAAGAAGAAAAAAGAAAAAGGGGUCAAAAACUUUGGCCUGCUUUCGUUCGGCGAUGAGGCAGAAGAGGAAGAGCUAGAGACUCAAGUGUUUGUACAGAAAAAUGGCCCGGGUCGCGGAAAGUCCUCUCACGAUGUGCUUAAUGACCCGAAGCUAAGCAAGCAAACGAGUACUUCUUCUGCAGAGGAACCCAAGAAGCGACGGCUUUCUGCCGACAGUCGAGGCCAUUCUUCGGCGGAGGAAGAUAAAGAAAGCUUCAGCCAUGGCCGUUCAAAAUCCAAACCAUCCCAAAAAGAUGAAGUGGACAAUGUUCGAGAGAAACUAAAGCGUAAGGCUGACGACAAACGUAAUGAAAAACCAGCGGCGGAUGUAAACGAAUCUGAAUCCGAUUCCGAUUACGAGCUAGACGGUGACAGGAAGAAGGAAAAGCGGGAACAGGCGGAAAAGAUUCGACAAGAAAUUAACAAGCUAAAACGUGACUUUCACUCGGACAAACGGUCCAAGGACAAGCAGAAGGAAAGUGAACAGAAAAAGGCAUCGAAAAAGACGGCUCGUAAUGAAGUGAUGAACGAAGUAUUACGGGUGCAGGAAGAAUACUCGCAGAAGACUAAACAGCUUCCCAAAAAGGGUAGCUCCCGGGAGAACUUUACGAUGGAACUGUUGCAAAAGUUUAAAUCCAAGCUUCAUUCCGCCCAUGAACGGGAUGACGUCCAAUCUGCAACAGCUACUGAAGGAGACGAAGAGGAAGACAUUCGAGGAGACAAUUGGCUUGCUCACCGGCUGGAAUUUGAGAAGAAGGAUCCAAUACUAGCGAAAGAUGCAGCCACAAAGGACGACGACUGGUACGACGUUUAUGAUCCGCGCAAUCCGCUCAACAAGCGCAAGCGGGGCGAGAAAAUCGAACGUUCUCUAAAGCCGGGCAAAUAAAAUGGACCAAUUGGCGUGUUUCGAAAUACGUCCACCAGUAUUUAUUGUAAACGAUACCAUAUAUGUACAUUAGGUUGGAGGAACAUAGAAUACAUAGAUACAAACUACGGGGAAUGUUACUCGCCCACGAUCGGAA